AUGUCUCUCGCUCGCUGUGGGCGUCUUGCCCGAUUCUCCCUCGGGAGCGUUCGUCCUGCUGCUGCUCUUUCCGCUCGCCCCAUUAUCCCCAGAGCCAUUCUCGCGCGGGGAACAGCGUCAUCCAGCCGGGAUGCUCAGCAAAAGCUUCUCUCUUCCUCCCUUGAGGACUCCGACCCUGCUGUGUUCAGCAUCCUCGAGAAGGAGAAAAACCGCCAGAAGCACUUCAUCAACCUGAUCCCUUCCGAGAACUUCACCUCCCAGGCCGUCCUCGAUGCCCUCGGCAGUGUGAUGCAAAACAAGUACUCCGAGGGAUACCCCGGUGCUCGUUACUAUGGAGGAAAUGAACACAUUGAUGCUUCGGAGCGUCUCUGCCAGCAGCGCGCUCUGGAGACCUUCCGUCUCAACCCCGAGGAGUGGGGUGUGAACGUGCAGCCGCUUUCCGGCUCGCCCGCCAACCUCAUGGCCUACUCCGCUGUUCUCAACACCCACGACCGCCUGAUGGGUUUGGAUCUGCCCCAUGGUGGUCAUCUGUCCCACGGUUACCAGACCCCUACCAAGAAGAUCUCCGCCAUUUCCAAGUACUUCGAGACCCUGCCUUACCGCUUGGAUGAGUCGACUGGUCUGAUCGACUAUGAUGCUCUGGAGAAGCAGGCUCAGCUGUACCGCCCCAAGCUGAUUGUGGCCGGUACCUCUGCCUACAGCCGUCUGAUUGACUACCCUCGUAUGCGCGCCAUUGCCGACUCCGUCGGCGCCUAUCUCUUGGCCGAUAUGGCCCACAUCUCAGGUCUCGUGGCUGCUGACGUCCUUCCUUCUCCCUUCCCUUACUCCGACAUUGUAACCACCACCACUCACAAGUCCCUGCGCGGUCCCCGUGGUGCCAUGAUCUUCUACCGCAAAGGCAUCCGCCGUACAGAUAAGAAGGGUAACAAGGAGAUGUACGAUCUCGAGAACCCCAUCAACGCCUCUGUCUUCCCCGGCCACCAGGGUGGCCCCCACAACCACACCAUCACCGCGCUGGCCGUGGCAUUGAAGCAGGCUCAGUCCCCCUCCUUCCUGGAGUACCAGAAGACCGUUCUGCAGAACGCCACGGCUCUGGCUGAGCGAUUGGGUGAGUCCACUAGCAACGGUGGUCUCGGCUACAACGUCGUCUCUGGCGGUACCGACAACCACCUGGUGCUGGUUGACCUGAAGAACCGCGGCGUUGACGGAGCCCGCGUUGAGCGCGUGCUGGAGCUGUGCGGUGUCGCCAGCAACAAGAACACUGUUCCCGGUGACAAGUCUGCCCUCAAGCCCGGUGGUCUUCGUCUCGGUACCCCGGCCAUGACGUCUCGCGGCUUCCAGCCCGAGGACUUCCGCCGUGUGGCUGACAUCGUCGACCGCGCCGUCACCCUGACCCAGAAGCUGGACAAGGCUGCGCGGGAGCAAGCGCAGGCCAAGGGCGCCAAGAACCCAGGCACCGUGAAGGCGUUCAAUGAAUACCUGGGUGAGGGCGAGGAGAUCUCAGAAAUCGUGAUGCUCCGACAGGAGGUGGAGGACUGGGUGGGCACCUUUAGCCUGCCUUGGGCUAAGGACCAGUAG